AAAAGGCCCCCCCUCAGUACAUAUGAGGGCAAAGAAAGAUGCAGAAGAUAUAUGGAGAGAACGCAGAAGGGAGAGAUAAUGGUGAACAAAGCCGAAAUAACUUCAGCCACAUGGGGUGUCAGGAGCAGCUUCAACUCCCUUGUCGCCUUGCUGGUAGCCUCUGUCAUUGUUGCCGUCCUCUCCCUCGCGCGUGACGGCUCUCAGUUACGGCCGCUGCCGCCGAACGAUGGUGCCUCGCUUCAAGGCGCGACCGGUGCGGCGACGUCGUGCGAUUUGUUCUCGGGGAGGUGGGUGUAUGACAACGAGUCUUAUCCGUUGUACGAGGAGAAGCGAUGCGCGUUCAUGUCGGACCAGGUGGCUUGUGGGAAGUUCGGACGGAAGGACUUGAAGUAUCGCCAUUGGAGGUGGCAACCCCAUGGCUGUGACAUUCCCAGGUUUAAUGCGACGCGGCUGCUGGAGAGAUUGAGGAACAGGAGGAUGAUCUACGUUGGGGACUCUCUUAACAGAGGACAAUGGGUGUCGAUGAUUUGCCUCGUGGAGUCCUCCAUCCCUCCCUACCUCAAAUGGAUAUCUUAUCACCACAAUCACUCGUUAAUCGCCUUCAAUGCCAUGGAAUACAACGCGACGAUCGAGUUCUACUGGGCACCAAUGCUAGUGGAAUCCAAUAGUGACCAUCCAUAUAAUCAUCACUUACCCGAGCGAAUCAUUCGAGUUCAGGCCAUUGAAAAGCAUGCAAAGGUUUGGUCAGAUGCGGACAUUCUCGUAUUCAAUUCCUACCUCUGGUGGUUGAGACCCGAGAUGAAAGUUCUGUGGGGAUCAUUUGGGAGUCCUGGUGGAAUAUACAAGAUGGUACCAGUGCCUCGUGCGUAUGAAAUGGCUCUCAAUACAUGGUCAGAUUGGUUGGAAGUCCAUAUAAACAAAACCAAGGCCCAAGUCUUCUUCGUCAGCAUGUCUCCAACCCAUGACAGAGCUGAGGAUUGGGGUGGAGUUGAUGGUCACAAUUGUUACCAAGAAAUGGAACCCAUCAUCAGAGAAGGGUAUUCGGGAAGCGGGUCAAAGCCCGAGCUGAUGCGAGUUGUGGAAACGGUCAUCUACAGACUGCGGACAAGGGGCCUCGGUGUCCAAAUCCUGAACAUUACGCAACUAUCGGAGUAUCGCAAAGAUGCGCACCCUUCCAUUUACAAAAGGCAGUGGCAUCCCCUGAGUCAAGAGCAACUAGCCAAUCCGACGAGCUACUCCGAUUGCUUCCACUGGUGUCUCCCGGGAGUCUCCGACGUGUGGAACGAACUCCUCUACGCCUAUAUUCUCUGAAAUCGGAGUCCAUGGAGUGGUAGAGUAGCAAAGUAAUUGUGACUUUGUGACCUAAUUUGUUGAAAGUUGAAGGGAAAGGAGAAAUUUCCUUUUUCCAGCUAAUCCCAACGAUGGCUGCACAGCCCGGAAACCACGUGACUCCAUCUCAGCCAUGCGCUGGUGAACACCGGCGUGGUGCUGACCCAACCUUCAGAUGCUUACCAUGUUGUGACGUCGAUGCC